AAAUCUGUAACGGACGCCGCUGCUAGCGCAUAUUCGUUUCUUGGCUCUCGCGAGGUGUUAGAUCUCGUCAGUAAGACUUCUACUUUGAUCGUACGAGAGAGUUAUCCAGUCAACGCAUAAAACAUGAGGGAAAUCGUGCACAUCCAGGCCGGCCAGUGCGGAAACCAAAUUGGCGCUAAGUUUUGGGAAAUCAUCAGCGACGAGCAUGGCAUUGACCCGACUGGUGCCUACCACGGAGAUUCCGAUCUUCAGCUAGAGAGGAUCAACGUGUACUACAAUGAGGCAUCUGGUGGCAAAUACGUGCCCAGGGCCAUCCUCGUCGAUCUGGAACCCGGCACUAUGGAUUCCGUACGAUCGGGACCCUUCGGACAGAUUUUCCGCCCUGACAACUUCGUCUUUGGUCAGAGCGGUGCUGGAAACAACUGGGCUAAGGGUCAUUACACCGAGGGUGCCGAGCUUGUUGACUCUGUCCUCGAUGUAGUGAGGAAGGAAGCUGAAAGCUGUGACUGCCUUCAGGGAUUCCAGCUCACUCACUCUCUUGGUGGUGGUACUGGAUCUGGUAUGGGUACCCUUCUCAUCUCCAAGAUCCGUGAGGAAUACCCCGACAGAAUUAUGAACACCUACUCCGUCGUACCAUCGCCCAAGGUCUCCGACACUGUUGUCGAGCCCUACAACGCCACCUUAUCCGUUCACCAGCUCGUGGAGAAUACCGACGAGACCUACUGCAUCGAUAACGAAGCCCUUUACGACAUAUGCUUCCGUACCCUUAAACUUUCCACCCCCACCUACGGUGACCUGAACCAUCUGGUCUCCCUCACCAUGUCUGGCGUCACUACCUGCCUCAGGUUCCCCGGUCAGCUCAACGCUGAUCUCAGAAAACUCGCCGUAAACAUGGUACCUUUCCCUCGUCUCCACUUCUUCAUGCCUGGAUUCGCACCUCUUACGUCCCGUGGCAGCCAGCAAUACAGAGCACUCUCUGUACCAGAACUCACCCAGCAGAUGUUCGAUGCCAAGAACAUGAUGGCUGCCUGCGAUCCUCGUCAUGGAAGGUACCUCACCGUCGCCGCCAUCUUCCGUGGCAGAAUGUCCAUGAAGGAAGUCGAUGAGCAAAUGCUCAACAUUCAAAACAAGAACAGCUCCUACUUCGUUGAAUGGAUUCCCAACAACGUAAAGACCGCUGUGUGCGACAUCCCACCUCGUGGACUUAAAAUGUCCGCCACCUUCAUUGGAAACUCCACCGCCAUCCAGGAGCUCUUCAAGCGCAUCUCUGAGCAGUUUACUGCUAUGUUCAGGAGAAAGGCUUUCCUUCAUUGGUACACUGGCGAGGGUAUGGAUGAGAUGGAAUUCACUGAGGCUGAAUCCAACAUGAACGACUUGGUCUCCGAAUAUCAACAAUACCAGGAAGCUACGGCUGAUGAGGAUGCAGAGUUCGACGAAGAACAGGAAGCCGAGGUCGACGAAACUAACUAAGAACCUAAGUAUAAUCUAAACAGCGUGAAGGAUUGACGAGAUGAGAAGAUGAUUGCGGUAAGGAUGAACCCCAUCCUUAUUGCAUUGAUCUUCUCAGUUCGUUACACUGUUUACAUUAUAUAUGUGUAACGGAUAUAUCAAUUCUAUAACGAUAUUAAUUAGUGCCCUUAAUAAUAAAGCCUCUAUACGAUAAUUGAUCUUUUCUUUGAGCAUAAUUUCCAUCAGCUUUCUUUUAUAUUCUCACGUACUACGUGCUUGUUGAAUUCUUGUUCUUACUUUUGUUUUCAUUAUUAAUUUCUAAAGCUAUGAUGACCCCCGCGUAUGCGGCUAUUAAAAAAACCAUGACAUUCAUAGUUGUAUAAAAAUGAUUUCAUAAGAAAAAACAGUAAUGAGAGCGCUUGAAAAGGGCCGAAAGAUGAGUUACGGCUUAAAUGAUAUAUUGUUACUGGAUUGAUAUAUUCAGUAUUCGUAUAAACUUGCAACACUCCGAAUAUAUCAAUAAUCAAUAACGAUAUUCACUCCAGUGUAAAACCGCUUAAGCGGCUGCCGAUCAUCAUUCUCUUAAUAAAUUAUUAUCGAAUAAAAUUUUAUUUUGUUAAUGCGUA